GAACAGCACCACAGAACAGCCUCUCUCUCUCUCUCUUCUUCUUCUUCUUCUUCUUCCUUGGCUGAAACCAUGGAGAAGCGCCAGCUCAAUCAGGAAAAAACUGAAGGUUUCAUGUUGCUUCCUAGUCUGUCUCCAAACUUGUUCGAUGGACCAUUGAUUUGUGCUGAGGAAGUCAGUAACACUGAGAGGGAGCUCACUGACAUGUCAGAGGAAGAAGUAGAUCUCAUUUACAGGAUGCAUAGGCUUGUUGGUGACAGAUGGGAGCUGAUAGCUGGUAGAAUUCCCGGCCGCACUCCGGAGGAGAUCAAACGGUUUUGGAAGAUGAAGAACGAUCCAUGUUUUGCUGAGAAGGGGCUGAAGAGAAAGAGAGCUGUACAAGGAACUGUUGCUCAAGUGCAGAACCACAAGUGAUUACUGUGAGCUCCAAAUUCAAAUCAUGACAAGAAAAAGCCAGCAAGAUUUGAGGCAACGAUGAUUAAUUAAAGACAGAUCCUGCCAUUUUGUUUCAAGUUCUGUCACACCAGUGAGGUUACUACUGCUGACAAUGUGAAGAACUGAGAAGACUACAAGUAGAAGAACUUUAGAGAUUCAUCACAAUUGUUGAAGAUGCAAUUAUUGAUAGCUUUCUUGAUUCUGAUAAUGGGCAUACAAAAUGGUAGGUAUUGACCAAAAUCUUAUAGUCUUCUAAUGAAAUCUGUGUUGAAAUA